GUCCAUCGAGGACUUCUUCGCAGACUUUGGAGAGACCGACGCCGCGGCGGCGCGCAAUCCCAAGGUCAAGGGCCCACGCUUGCACGCGCGAGAGAUGUGCGCCCCAGCUGUUGCACGCAAGCGGAUCACCCAGAAGUUGGAGAAGGCCCGAGUGCAGUUUCGCAAGGCAAAGGUGGAGAUGGCAGAGGAGAGGGAGGCCGGGGCUCUCGCGGCGAAGAUCGGCGGGCAGGCGAACAAGUUCCAUGGCAGUGUUAAUUCUGAUAUGUCGAACCUACCAGAAGAGGCGCCCGCCCCCGAUCAGAGCAGCAAUGGCGUCAAGGGACGCCCUCAGCUCUUCAACUCCUGCACCGGCGGCAUGGCGGAUCCUAGGUUCGACGUGGUGCAGGAGGUCUGCGGGCCCUGCUCCUUGCUCCUGCUGCGCAGCAUGCCGCCACUCUUGAUGAUGGACCCACUGGGAACGAGGGUGGCGUCGAGGCCGAAUCAGUCCCAGCCCCUGAAGAUGAGCGAGCUGGAGAGCAGCGUAGCAGAGGGUUCUUGUGGGAG